AUGGAACAGAUCAAUGGGUCUGUUCAGAUGGAGCGCGCGCUGCUGUACACCUUCCUGGAGGUCUCCUCUGACUGUAAGUUCAGAGAGCAACUGCAUUCUCUGCAAAGCCUUGGGACUCUGUCUUUCCUGAAAGGCAGCUGCUACUAUGAUGAUGAGGUGGAACUUCAGACCGACGGCAAUCGAAGCGGCCACAUGCAGAAUGGUGAGCUAGUGUUUGACCCUGAGGUGAAUGAAGAAGUUAUCCGCAUCAUUGCUGCUCAGCUUGCUGAGAUUGGAGACCAGUUUGAUAAAGAAAUCAAAGCAAGAGUAGUAAAUGAUCUAGUGCAGCACUUUCUGAAUGAGAAUCUGUCUGGAGAGGAGAUAACGCGGCGCAUGUCGGAGGCAGUGGAAGGGCUUGCACGAGCCAUCCCCUCGGACAUGGAACGGGAGAAGGCCAUGUUGGUGCUAGCAAUGGUCUUGACUAAAAAAAUUGCGAAUACGAUGCCUUCCCUUCUACAGCGUGUCUUCAGCACCACUGUGAGCUACAUCAGCCAGCAGCUCCACAACUACAUCGUCAGAAUGCAGUAG